GCCAUCAGAUACUAAAUUAAUGAAAAAAUUUUUGGGAAUUAAGAAAAAAGAUGAUGCAGUUCGGCCAUUAUCUCCACAACCAGGUCCAAGCAAACCGUCUGCUUCAGUUCAAGAAGAAUCAGAGGAAACGAGACCGAGUACAACAAAUGAAUUACACUCCACUUCUGAUUCUGAUAAUUCAGUAUCCAGCAAGAUCCAGAAAAUCAACCAACCUCAAAAGAAAAAAUAUAUUCCCAAAAAUACAAGGCUGAGUGGGAGCAGCAUGAAAAUUUUAAGAACUGGGUGCAUCAAGUUCCUGUGGAAGCUAUUUUUUUCACUGCAAGGUUUGCAAUUAUGAUUAUUUAUGCGGCAUAGGAGCUUUAAAAAAAGUUAUUCAAAAAAGCAUAUAAAAAAUUUAACUAUUAUGGUUAAGCAGCCAACUUGGUCAAAAAUAGUAUAUGAAAUUUCUUCUGAUAAUACAGUAAAACAAAAUGAAAUUAAAAUUGCAGCUUUUAUUGCAGAGCAUAAUAUCGCAAUAAAUGUGUUAGAUCAUCUUAGCGAACUUAUAAAAUCUAUUUGUUUGUCUGGAAUAGAGAGUAGCCAAGCGAAAAAUGUCUGUAGACCGAACUAAAUGUACGGCAAUCAUAAACAAUGUAUUAGGGAAAAUAAGUUUUGAAAAUCUUAUUAGUGACUUAAAUUGCCAUAAAUUUUCAUUAUUAGUUGACGAAUCGACAGAUUUCACGUCCGAAAAACAUUUAGCAAUUGUUGUCCGGUACAAUAAAAAUUUUAAUAUAAAGGAUCAUUUUAUCGACCUUAUUUUAGUUAAAGACGCUUCAGCCCAAAAUUUAUACAACGUCGUUAUAAGUUUUUUUUUUCGAAAAUAAAAUACCAUACAAAGAUAAUUUAGUAGGUUUUGCAGCAGAUGGGGCAAAUGCUAUGAUGGGAGCU